CCUUCGUAGCUCCUGUUGUAUUGCUGCCCCAAAAGGCACUAACAACCCGAGCUAAACCGAGCCACACCGGGCUUGAAGCAGAGCGCAACGCGGGGACACUGCGUACCGCUGCCGGGACCGACACCGCCGUGCCCCGGGAGCAGCUUCGUCAGUGUUUAGUCCAUAGUGUUCGACCAACGGUCUGCGGUCGCCGGGACUGUCACGGCAGCUGUCAGUUUGAGCUAGGCUAAAGCUAACAGCUAAUAGCUAACGGCUACUUCCAGAAGCUCCGGAUUUGUUUCUUUUCGUCAGUGAAGUUCUGGCUGAAAAUGGCGGCGUAUUUCUCAUCGAAGCGCGGAUCGUUCACGUCCGAACCGAGCCUGUCCCUGAACGUGUCCUCUUUCUCUAAACUCUACACCAGAAAGAAGUCUGAUCAGCACACUCAACCCAAAGCCACCGCCAAAAAUCUCGCUUCUGCCCCGGCCUCAAUCUGGUGUCUCGCUGUUGGUUCUGUUGGUUCUUGUCAGCGCCAUGAUCUUCGCUGAAUCCCCGGUCCCAUAGAACCGAGCCCCUGUGAACAUUCACAGAGAACAUGUGGAGAACUGUAACCGGAGAGAGAACCCGGAGGCAGAGCGGGACCAGCGUGUCCUCUCCGCCCGGACCCGAGCUCACGUCUCCCGGCUUCCUCACACACGAUAGUCCGCUGCUCGGCCUGCUGUCCGCGGUGUCCAGGCCCGCCGUGUCCUUCCUCCAGCGGUAUCUGCCCGGGCGCCCGGUCAAACGGGACUUUCUGGAGCCGGACCGAGAGCUCCUGAGGCGGUUUGACGACAUCCUGUCGCCGCCGCCGCCGCAGCAGCUCCACUCUUUGCCGUGGUUUAACCUGAGCGAGCUCGCCAUCCAGAGUCCGGAGGACAUGAGCCCUCAGACCGGUUUCCUCGGAUCUGGCCCAGCUGUGGAGAACCAUGUCCUGAUGCCUGGUCCCGGGAGCGUUUCUAAAACCUGGUGGGGCGGUUUAUGGAGUGACGCGGAGGAGGAGCAGGUCCGAUGCUCCAGUGUGACUUUGUGCACAGAGAACCGGACCGUGACGUUUAUCCAGGAGCGCAGCGAAAUAUCCAGUACCUCCACGGACAAAGGGGCAUUCAGCUCCGGCCUCCCGAGCCUCCCGCGCUUGGCACUCUUCCAAAACCUCGGGGUACGCGGGGACAUCUCCGUGCUUACGCCGGACCAGGAUCACGGAUACUCUAGUCUCGAGGAGGAGCAGCAGCUGGUGGCCAAGGCCCGGCUCCAAAGCGCGCUGCCGGGGAUGGGGAGUGCGGAGGAGCCUAGGGACGAACCGGAGCCGAGGGAGACUGAGGAAGAGCUACCAGUGCUUAAGUGUGAGAACAAGACUAUCGCGUUUAUUAUGGGAUGUCCGUGCAGCGAUGACAGCGGUUCCGACAGCAGUGAGGAGGAGGAGGAGGAGGAGGAGGACGAGGAUGAUGAUGAUGAUGGCUUUGACAGUGUUUGCUCUUCUGAGGUCUCAGGCUCAGAGGAGGAUGAUGAAGAGUUUGAUUCUGAAACUGAGCGACUAUGGAGCACUCUGUGCCAAAGUGAUGACCCCUACAAUCCCCGAAACUUCACUGCUAAACUGGGAUCUGCCCCAAGACCCAUCCCCAGAACAGGACUAGGGCCAAAGGAAGAUGAGUCCAGCCCUGGGUCCUGUGCCUCCUCUCUGGCCUCCUCUGCAUCCUCCUCCCCCUUUGCCUCCUCUUCCUCCUGGGAUGAAGCCAGUGAUGCAGAAGAGCAGAACCUGAAGCUGCUGAGCUCCUUUUGCUCUUCAGACCCUUACAGUCCUCUGAACUUCCAGGCCCCAAUCAGGACUAAAGCUAGAGCAGGGACUAAACCAGGACCAAGACGAAAUCUGAGGAGCAGAGAAUCCAAAAGAUUUCUGAGUGUUCCCAGAGCAGCACACAAAGCAACCAUCAAGAAGAAGGUGCAGUUCUGCUUGGAAGUGCAGGUGUACUCUGUGGGCUUAGAGGAGCGCCGCGGGCAGUGGGAGGAGCUCGCACGAGACCGAGCAAGAUUCCUCAAACGCUGCAGAGAUGUAGAACAAGUCCUGUGCCCCUGUCUGCAGCCAGAGCACCGGAGGAGGGUCUGCCAGAGGAUCAGCCAAUCAGAGGCCAGAGCAGAGUCAGAGGGCCACACAAGCCAACCAGAGUCUGUCAGAGCGAGAGGAGAAGGGCACGGGCCAUUCACAGAAAUUGAGCUUAGCCUGUGAGCUGAAGAGCUUAUCAGAGGCUGAGGAGGAAUAAAUGACUUUAAAUGGAGCGACAGCACUUUUUUGUUUUUGACAAAAAGAAAAAAACUGAAACUUUGAACUUGAGUCGAAACAAAGUGUUUGAAAUGUUUUUCAUCCAAAAAUGCCUCUGAAAUUUUAGAAUUUAAAAGUCCAAGUAUUUCCCAUCAACUCGUUCUUCAGGCCAAUAUCUGUGACAGUUUUUGCAGUGUUCAGGAAAAUCUGUAUUUGAAAAAGAGUUAAAAAGGACAAAAGAAAUUGUACUAAUAUUUUCAAUUUAACAUUUCAAUUUACAAAAAAAUAUAUAUAUUUUCUAAAUCUUAAGGUGGUUUACUCUAUGAAAAACCUUAAAUCGAACAAAACUGAGGGACAUUUGUGGAUUGAAUUUUGGAUCAGGUAAGAUUUUGACACAGUUGAAUUGUUUUAUUAGCGAUAACUGUAAAAUCUUCUAUUAAUUUACAAAAGAUUUCAAACUAAACAAAAAUCAAAUUUGUUUUCUGAUUUUCUGGGAAUUUUUAAUUUAACUUUUGACCACUCUGUAUUUCUGUCCCAGUGUUUAUCCAGCCAAAGUAUUUUGUCCCAAACCAAAGACUGUCACGACUCAUCAAUAAUCUAUAAUCUCCUGAUCCACACAACUCGAGCGUUUGAAACAACUCAGAUUUAUUUUUCUAACAUUUGUGACUUUGAUUCAAACUAAACUGAGAAUAAACCAGUAUUUAUGAUCU